CUCCGCAGGAAAAGCCCUGCUGCCUCCGACAUGGAGCCGCUCCAGGGUCGCCAUGGAGAAGCGCAUAAACAGGAGGAAACACUGAGGGAAUCCCGUUAUUUUACAGCAUUGGCCCAUAUUAUAAACAGCCCGAGCUGAGAAGGAAGCCGCUUUCGGUGCUCACAGUAAAUCCUCAGAGCAACAGGGGAAAGAAGUCAGUUGCAGUUCCACUGCAUUUUUUUUAUCUACUCAUCUGAGGGAUUAUUUUUUUUCGCUCGAUUCUUUUUUUUUAAUUUCUAGUUUUCUACCUAUUAUGACGUGCAAAGUUUUUUAAUUUUUAAUUUUGAACUGUAUUUGCCUCCAAAUGUUUAAAGAGACUUGGAGACUGGCGCAAUACCACAACAUGAGGUCGAUGGAUCAAGAUGACACCAAUCUCCCUCUACACUCACAUCCUUACCCCUUGGACGAGCCAUCCCCCUACACUGAAAGCAGCACUGAAGCUCUUUCUGCCUAUGAGCACCUGGAGCCUAAAAAUUACGUAGAGCAAGUAAGAUCUGGGCCCCAAGCUGUGAGUCCCAGGAUUGAGAUCACGCCAUCACGUGAGCAUCAUAGCCAUGGGUCCAACUCACUCCAUGACCCGCUGGUGAAUGCCAGCCCCAGGCCUACACUCACUGUGCCUGGUCUGGAUUGUGCCAUCUACCGUGAGCCUCAGUGCCUGAGCCCAGCGAGCAGCAACUCCUCAGCCUCGUGGCACUCUGAAACAUACUCGCCUUUCGCAUCACCCUGUGUGUCCCCAGGUAGUGGGCAGGCUGUGGCUGGUGAGCUGUGUCCUCGCUUCCAAAACAUCCACACCGGCUCCCCUCGCACCAGCCCAGGCACAUCACCUCGCACCAGCCUGACUGAGGAGAACAGCUCAUCCCCAAGGCCCAGUUCUCGCUCUACAUCGCCUCAGGGCAAACGCACCUACGAAAUGUACCGGAACCCAAAUCUGGUGGCUGUGGCUCGAUCACGAAGUCCUUCGCCACAUGGCAGCCAUGAUGACCGUCAUACCGGCACCCAUUAUGGCUCCAACAGUGUGACAGAGGUUGUUAAUGGGUUUGGGCCAGGGUCAGUACCCACAAAGAUUGUGAGAACCAACCAGCCAGGCUACACUAUAUACCCAGAUGGCCAUGGAGAGAGCUACCUGGUGGAACAAGACGUCAAGACCAAAGCGGAGCAAUACUUUGUCAUUCCAUCAAUCUGGUCCAAGCAGCUUGUGCCUGGGAUCUGCAGCAUCCCUAUAGCCUCUCUGCCACCUCUGGAGUGGCCUUUGCCCAGCCGUACAGACCAGUAUGAGCUACACAUCGAGAUGCAGCCUAAACCACACCACAGGGCACACUAUGAAACUGAGGGCAGCCGGGGAGCUGUGAAAGCUAUGACUGGUGGGCAUCCAGUGGUCCAGCUACAUGGAUAUAGAGGCAAAGAGCCGCUGGGGCUGCAGAUCUUCAUCGGCACGGCAGAUGAGCGGAUCCUGAAGCCUCACGCCUUCUACCAGGUGCAUCGCAUCACAGGCAAGACGGUGACAACAACCAGCUACGAGAAGAUGAUCAAUAGCACAAAGGUGUUAGAGAUCCCUCUAGAGCCAAAGAACAACAUGAAAGCAAUAAUUGACUGCGCUGGGAUUCUGAAGCUCAGGAACGCGGAUAUUGAGCUGAGGAAAGGCGAGACAGACAUCGGGCGGAAGAAUACCCGUGUGCGACUGGUGUUCCGCAUCCACAUUCCCCAACCAGGAGGUCAAUAUGUGUCUCUCCAAGUGGCAUCUCAACCCAUUGAGUGUUCCCAAAGAUCUGCACACGAGCUGCCCAUGGUGGAGAAGCAGGACAUGGACAGCUGUUCAGUGCUCGGAGGUCAGCAGAUGAUCCUGACAGGCCAGAAUUUCAGUGCUGACUCGAAAGUUAUUUUUACUGAGAAGACCCAUGAUGGACAGCAAAUUUGGGAGUUGGAAGCCACAGUUGACAAAGACAAAAGCCAGACAAGCAUGCUGUUUAUUGAAGUCCCUCCUUAUAGAGACCCAACCAUCUGCCAUCCUGCUAAGGUGAACUUCUAUGUGAUCAAUGGGAAGCGGAAACGCAGUCAGCCUCAGCACUUCACGUAUACACCUCUGCCAGUUUCUUCCAUAAAAACAGAACCACUGGAUGAAUAUGAAUCUGGACAAAUUGGAUAUAUGAUGUCCCAGACCUUGGGAGUUUCCCCACACUCCUAUUACCAUCACAACCCCCGUUCAGUCCUAACCUCGGAUAAUGGUUUACUCCCCAACAUGGCUUCCUGUCACCAGAAUCAUUCAGGAAUCUCCCCUUCAGACCCCUGCUUUCAGCAGCACAUUGUGUAUCCCCGUGCUGAGAAGAACCUAGGGCACAGCUUAUACAUCCAAACCGGAGUCAUGGUGCCAGAAGCCCAUCGCUCUGUCCUGGUCCAUACUGGUUCACCAGCCAAGUCCUCUCACUUGAUUGGUCAGCAACCCGUCAUCCAGUUUUCCCCCACCAACCAUCACUUGUUAAGAGGGGCCGAAAAUAUAACUCCACCAGCCCAGGAACUUCAGAACCUCUACUGUGAGGGCUACAGCCCACAAGGAACUCCGACAGCAGUGGCUUCACGUUCUCCUGCUACACCACAAGCCCCCCAAAGUCAGCAUUACUCCACUGUCAUUCAGCAACAGCCCUACACAAACAGGCUUCCAAAGGACAGGUCCCCUCCUGGGCAAGUCCAUCCACAAAGAUGUUCCUCUGCUGAGGAACAGAGAGCCUCUCUUCCUGGACGAGUCACUGUCAAGCAGGAGAACCUGGACCAGGCCUACCUGGAUGAUGUUAAUGAGAUCAUAAGGAAGGAUCUGACAGGAGUGCACGGCCGAGGGCAGACAUAAAGGAAAGGAUGCCACAGGAAGUAUGUGGGACUUGCAGUAGUGCCUUCUUCUUUCCCUGGAUCAGCUGCAGUUUUCAGGCACUGUCACCAGCGCUCACUUGGACUAUUUCUAUUCUCAAAAUAUUUUUGACCUCAGAACAUUUUGACACCAAGUAGAUUAUGCAUCAUAGCCCAGGCAAACAAAUACCUUUAAAACCAGCUUUUCUUUAGCAACAGUGUGUUCAUUUAUAAAGGCCUUGUAGUUUUAAAAUCUAGUAGUUACUGCUCAUGAAAUACAGCCAGGGUUAACCUUGUUUGUCAGUUGUCGGUAUCUUCUGCUCCCAUAGCCUUAAAAAUGACUUUAACCCAUUUUCAUUCUUGUUAUUUCAUAUUUCAUAGCUCACCUUGAUAACCUCUCAGUUUAGUCCAUCUGGAACAAUUGAAAGAGAUAAUAACUUUAUCUCCAAUAAAUUCAUUCUUUUUUAUUAGGAUUCUUUGAGACAGUCAGACAGCCUCUGUUUACAUUUGAUAUUUUAGAUAAUUAGUUAAUGAAAUAAAUAAAUCACAGUCCUUACUUUUGAUAAAUGUUACCAGUUUUUCUAUCAAAUCUUCAUUAUGAUAAAAGCUUCACUUUUUUUUCAAUUGCAACUAAAUGCACUGUUCUCACAGAGAAUCCUUUAAUGUAAAGUGUGCACUUCUUGCCAGUGAAUUAUAUUGACUUGUAUAUAGUUUCACUCAAAAUUGGAUUUUUAUUGACAAUAUGUAAUUAGAUAUUUUUGCAACAUCUGUACAUUUUUUUCUAAAUGCAUCUAUAGGGGCUGAGAGGAUACUGUAUAUCUACAUAAAACUCCAGACAAAAAAAACACAGAGCUGAAUUUAUUUUUCUCUAGCUAACUAUAUUAUGAUGUUUUGUGCCUUUAGCUAUGAAGCUGUAAGCAAAACCUUGGAAGCAGUUUACAGACGAGCAGAACAACAGUUUCAUAUCUUACAGAGCCUAGCGUGUCUUGCACUACAUUCAGACUCUAACAUCAUCUGGGGUCCUCAACUUCAUCUUGUACUUUGUAUUUCUACCUAUUGUCUUAAAGAUAUUGAAAUGUCUAUGACUUUUGACUAUUUUUAUAGUGAUAUUUACAACAGUUUUAUAAAAUCCAUGGCUUGCACAUGACGUUUCCUUGUUAUAAAUGUGUUUUGUUUUGUUUUUUUUUUUCUAUCUUUUUACUAACUUCUAUGCUUAUUGUGUUUUAUCUCAGAGUUGGAUUUGCCAUAAAUAAUAUGCUGAGCAUAUGAUAUGACAUGUUUAAAUUGAUUUUAAUCAUCUAAAUUCAAAUCUUAUACAUUGGUGUCACCUUGGUACAUCACAUUUAGUAACCAAAUGCUGUUUAAUUUUUUUUUUUUUUUAAUAUAAAAUGUGAGAUGUGAAAUAAGAGUCUGAAUCUGAUAAGAGUAAUGCUUUGUGUAUCCAUACAUUUAUUAUUAAUUUUUUUUUUUCAGAAUUAUUUCUUUAUUGUAUAAUUAUAUAUACAGACGGGUGACAAGUUAAGGAUCAGUAUUUUACCAGCUGAUUACCUUUAUCCAGAUUUUUAUCCGAAUGAGAAUGGUCUCUUUCAGGAAGACCUCGCCCCCUCUUACAGGGCACGAAUGCUCCCUGAAUGGGUUGAUGAGUAUGAAAAUAUAACUCAAAUGAUCUCCAGUGGGAGAUUUUGGACAGCACUCUCCUGCACCACCAUAAUCCAAACACCAAUUAAACCUUCAUUCCUCUAAAUACCAAAUUUCCAGAACCUGUGCCAAAGAUAUUCUGGUGGCUUUUGAUGGCCUACCAACUUACUAAGACACUUUAUUUUGUUUUUUUCAUUGACGUUUUUCACCCGUCUGUAUGUAUAAACUCAUACUGAAGCCAUUAUCUAAGCAUGGUGCUCUUAACAUCAUAGCAAACCCCUGAAUGUCGACUCAUUUUUAACUGUAAAUACGCUUGCCUAAAUAUGUAUAAAAUAUUUGUUUUACUUCUACUCUGUUAUAUUUUAUGAUAAGUCAAUUGGAAGUGGAGAAAAACCUUAAUUUUUUAGAGACAAAUCAUUUUUAUAAACCAGAUCGAUUGGUUUCUUGCCAUUUACCAUCAUGUAACCAUGGUUGUAGUAAUAAUAUAUGAACUGCAGAAUAGGUUAGCUAUUUUAUUAGAUUAAUAUAAAACAGUGCCAAUAUUUGCCAAAGAGGAGCUGUUAUAUCAUUUGUUAGCUUCAUGUAAAGGCUUUAUACCCGCCAGUUUUACUUAAUGCAGUCAUGAGGUGAAUGUUUAAUAGAUGAUGUCUGUCAAGAACAUAAGCAAUAAAUCUGAUUGAGGAACUGUU